AAAGACCGUUUUGGGGAAUUGAGUGGUUAGAUGCUUAAAACUGGAGUACUUUGUCAGCAGUCUUAUAUCACUGGUUUUCAUAUAUUUAAGCAAACAUUGGCGCAUUUCAAGAUAAAAUAUAAAAAAGAGUUCAAAACGGUAAAUCUGUGAGAGUGCAGCUUUAAGUCAGACAAGUGGAUGUCAUCCGGUUCUCCAGUGACCAUACGCGUACCAUCGUGUCAUCGAGAGUGAUAAAUAUAAUGUUGGAAUGACUUGGUUCAUAAUCGUUGUGAAUUUAUUAAGUUUAACAUGGAGUAUAUAUGUUAAAGUUUAUUAGUGGUGAAAAUAAAUCAUGAACGGGAUCGUAAUUGUGUUGGUUCUCUUAAAAGCUGUUAUUGUGAACACAAAUGUGUUAACAAAUAAUGUUAUACUCGCUGGGCUUGAAGAGAAUUUCAACAAACCGUUCAUAACAAUUUGGAACGCCCCAAGUCUUACCUGCUUCCGAAAAUACGGAAUUGACCUUGACCUUAGCUCAUUCGAUAUUGUCGCGAAUAAAGGUGACACGUUUGAAGGGGAUGAAAUUGUAAUAUUCUACGAAAACCGCCUUGGGUUCUACCCGUGGAUAGACGAAGACGGGAAUUACAUCAACGGUGGUCUUCCACAGCUUGCCGAUUACAGCGUCCAUAUUCAGAAGGUGGUCGAUGACGUCAACAAUUUCAUCCCUGACGUCAAUUUCUCUGGGCUCGCGGUAAUCGACUGGGAACGAUGGCGUCCAAUAUUUGAAAGAAAUAACUACAACGAAGAACAGCGAGUCUACAUCCGGGCGAGUGAGGCGCAGGUCAGGAAGCUACACCCCGACUGGUCAGUAAAGCAGGUACAUUCUCAUGCGGAGACGGAGUUCCAGCAGGCUGCCAGACGUUUAAUGGAAGGCACCCUCGUGACAUGUCGGCAACUCCGACCACGUGGCCACUGGGGCUUUUACGGGUUUCCAGCCUGCUAUAACUACCACAAAGGAGAGAGUACCUGCAGUAACGAGACCAAGAGCCUCAAUGACAGGCUGGAUUGGUUAUUCAACAUUAGUUCUGUGCUUCUACCCUCGAUCUACCUGUCUGAAAAGAUCGGAACCCACAAUGCCCGUCAAGCACGCGCGCACGGGGAGCUUGGAGAGGCGCUGAGAGUUGCAAAUGCGUAUUCGGUACAUAACACACCUCUUGUCGCUUACUCAAGGUUCCGGUACGGAGAUACGGGGAGAUUCUACGACUUGGCGGACUUGAACAAUACUCUACGCCAAUCAGCGGAGGCUGGGUUCAGCGGUGUUGCAUUAUGGGACAGUUCAGAGUCCUUCAAGACGCGGACAGAAUGUGAGGCUACCAAAGCGUACCUGGACAACCAGCUGGGUCCGUACAUUCGGGAGUUAAGUAAAGAUGCAUUGGAGUGCAGCAGGAACAUUUGCAGUGGCCAUGGACGUUGUGUCAACACAACCUUCGGGAUAUAUUAUACAAACUUACACAGUAAAUUCUUUUCAAAAUCACAUGGAUAUCGUGUGUAUAAAUACCUUAAGAAUACUGCACUAGAUUUGAUAACGAGCAUUCUUGAAGGUUUUAAAACUGUAUUGAGGCUCAUUUUGAACGAUGAAUUGAAGGGAAAGACUGUUUCUUGUGUGUGUUUCAAUGGUUGGAAAGGAGAAAAUUGUUCUAGAAAGGAGUAGCAAUAUUGUUGAUUUAAAUGGAUAUAGGAACAUACAGUCGAACCCUGUUGGCUCGAAUUCGUUUGGCUAGAAUUCCUCGUUGGUUCGAACUGGGUGUAAAGGACCGAUUUCUAGAGAAAUCUAUAUACUGAAGGAAAUCAUUUCCGCAUGGCUCGAAUUUUUCGUGGCUCGAGAUAUUUUUGCCGGUCCUUGGGAGUUCGAGCCAACGGGGUUCGACUGUAAUACAUGUACAUGUACUUCUUAUUGCUGUAAACAUACCAUUGCAAUGGUGUUGAACGUACAUAUAACAUAACAUAACAACACACAACAUAACAUUACCCAACAUAGUUUUUGAGCAUUAAUGUCAUAACAACCUCUUAGCCAUACACAAUAGCAUACAGUGAAAUACAGUUGCAAAACGUCCUAAGUUGAUA